GCGGUGUGCGGUGGUGCGCGCCUCAUCGCUCCUGACCUGUCGUCACUCGUGCUUCUUAUCACUUCUCCGUUAUCAGUUUAAACGUGCAUCUCGGUACGCCAAAGCUGCCUCGGGAUUUUUAAUUAAAAAAAUCUAAAUGAAGCUUUUACGUUGGUCUCAUAAUUUACAGAUUUGCUUGAACUAUUUGUAAGUGACACAUGAGCCAUUUGCUGAAAAUUAAAUGUAAGAACUUUUAACUCCACAAACAUUUUAACUUAAGGUGUUUGCAAGUCAUUUGAUGGAUUUAGUACCUCGUACUACAAAGAUAUGAAUACGUAUUUUUGAGGCAAUAUUCGGCGUGGUGGACGAAAUUCAGAGUUGGGCAUGAGCGCCACGAUGCUGCUGCUGCUGGUCAUUGGCGCCCUGGUGGAAUUUUGCUGGGCGCUGAACGUGACGCGCGUGGUGGCCCCGCCGUGGCUGGCGGUGGGGGGGUCGGGGGACCUGGAGUGUCAGUUCAGCCUGGGCAGCGAAACUCUUUACUCCAUCAAGUGGUACCAGGGCAUCAACGAGAUCUACAGGUACACGCCGGGCAAGGUCCGCACGCAGCAGGUCUUCCACAACAACUUCCUCUCCGUUGAUGUGAACAAGUCGUCGGGGGGCAAGGUGCACGUGACCAACGUGACGGUGGGGGCGGACGGAGCCUUCAGGUGCGAGGUGUCCGGAGAGGCGCCCAGGUUCUACACGGACUACGGCGUCGCUAACGUCCGGAUAAUAGCGCUGCCUGCGUCAGGCCCUGAGCUGCGAGGUGUUCAGGAGCUGUACGUACCUGACGACUGGGUGCAGCUCACAUGCAUCGCUAGCGAAACCCGACCAGCCCCUGUACUCACCUUCUCUAUCAACGGCAAGGAGCCGCGGGCAGGUUGGCUGGAGCCGCCCUCCACAUCCGCAGGCGCGGACGGUCUCUUCACGACGACGCUGCGUCUGCGCUUCUACUUGCGCGAGCACCUCAUCCAAGACGCUGCUGAUGGUGCUGUCAGGGUACGAUGCACGUCUCACGUGCCUGGGCUCUACCACGAGUCUACCGACGUGCUCCUACACACACGUGCCCAGCAGGCACGAGCCUCGGGGCACGAAGGGCGCGUCGCUGCAGGAGGGCGUCUCCUCACGAGCUAUUUUUUGAACUUUCAGCUGGUUUUUGCCGCGCUUCUCACGAACGUCGCUCAGCAAUACCAUCACAGAUAAGCCCUGAGGAGAUCAUUAGGCUCCCAUUGCGGAUGAAAGCUGCCACGUGAGCCCUCGCAUAUUUUCAAAAUAAACAUAAACAGAGGAAAUUGAAUGUAUAUCAAGAAGAGGAAGAAAACAAUUGAAAGGAAUGUAAAAAAUAAACAUAAAAAGAGGAAAUUGAACGUAUUUCAAGAAGAGGAAGAAAACAAUUAAAAGGAAUGUAAA